UUUGUAUCUAUUAUAUUUAUUUGCUUUCUUAUGACUAUUGCGAUUUAAGAGAAUAGGAAUUUUGUUGAUAUAUCAGUUAUUGGCAAAUGCACUAAUGGUAGUCAAUGAUAUCGUUGUCAUACUUGCAGUGAGCCACGCAGUUCUGUUUUAGCGAUACACGAGUAAAUUAAAUUUUCUCAUUAGACACAAAUUAUAAAAUGUCAAAUUUGAUCAUUGAUUUUAAAACUUUUCGAUGGAAAUUUACUAUUCGUAAAACUACAGCUGGUGGUACAGUUCAAAAUGAAACAGAUAUAACGAAUAAUUAGAUCAGCUGUACAGUAGACUUGCGGUUCGCUAGUAUGCUGUCGAUCUCACGCAGUAUCACGUCGUGCACCCAUUUGAUUAAGAUUCCGACCGCGUUCGACGGUCACUCGUCGUGACUCGCUCCGAACUCGAAGCGUCCACCGCCGUCCACGAUGAUGUGGCCAACGAUGGCCGUCAUUGCAACGAGCUUUAUAGCGGCCACGGCGGUGCUCGCCAAAGUCGUGACACAACAUCCGCUUUUGGUGGUCGUGUCGUUGGACUCUCUGCACGCCGACGACGUGCGCCCGGACACGAUGCCAACGUUGUCCCGGUUCCGGGACGAGCAUGCCGCGCCUCCGUACAUGCGUCCCGCGUUUCCCACCAAGACGUUCGUCAACCACCACACCAUCGCCACCGGUCUGCACCCCGAGCAACACGGCGUGUUGGACAACUACAUGUUCGAUCGGGACCACCGGACGAUGUACAAAACGUACGAGCAGUUCCAUUACGACGAAGCCGUGGUCCCCAUAUGGAUACAAAAUGAAAAUGAUGGAGACGGCCGAUAUAGUGGUGUAAUGAUGUGGCCAGGUUCCUGGUUUCCGUAUCAAGGCAAAAAAACCAACAUUUGUAGAAGAUAAUAAUAAGUAAUAUAACAUUUAAAUAUGACCUAGGAUAUGAAAAAUUUUUGAAUUUUACUAAUAUUAUUUUUUAUACUUCUAAAUGACUGAGACGUAUUUAAUAGACUUCUUAAAAUUAAAUUAAUAAAGGUAGGAAAUUUUAGAUAUUUAGGUGCAGAUGUUAAUGAUGAUACUAAUAGCCACGAAUAAGUUAAACUACGGCUCAUCGCA